AGAGAGAGAGAGAGAGAGAGAGAGGGGCUUCAGAAACGGGAAAGUAUAUGUAUAUCAAGGGCUUUCAAGGAAGAAGGCCCUUUUUGCAGGAGAGAAAUUGAUGACCACACUCUCUCUCUCCUCUUAUCUUCUCUCUUGAUUUAUUUAUUCUUUUCUUUCCAAAAAAGAAUUGCAGAAAAACGCCGACUUUCGUCUCCGGUGACGGUGCCACCGAGCAACCGCAGCUUUUGCCUAAUUUUAAUUUCCCUUUUUGUUCUUAAUUACGGAUUAGCGGCAAAUUAAUGGAGUUUGAGGAUCAAGAAGAGCACGAGGAAGAGAUUGGGUUGCCGACCAGUUACGACUCCUUUGGAAACUCGACCAGAGUCAAAAUGGCCACUUCUGGAGGCGAGGGUUCUCCUGCCCCCAGAAAGCCCAGGUACAGGGAGUGCCUGAAGAACCAUGCCGUCAGCAUCGGAGGGCACGCCGUCGAUGGCUGCGGAGAGUUCAUGGCGGCAGGAGCUGAAGGCACCCUGGACGCGCUGAAAUGCGCGGCCUGCAACUGCCACCGCAACUUCCACCGCAAAGAGAUGGAAGGCGGUGGGGAAAGCUUCCACCAUCACCACCACCCCCACCAGCCGCAAUUUUCGCCCUACUAUAGGACGCCGGCGGGGUACCUGCACGUCGCAGCUCACCAUAGGCCAUUGGCUCUGCCGUCGACAUCGGGUGGAGGCGGAACCCAUAGCCGGGAUGACCAAGAGGACGUGUCCAACCCUAGCGGAGCUGGGUCAUCAAAGAAGAGGUUCAGGACCAAGUUCACGCAGGAGCAAAAGGAUAAAAUGUUGGGUUUGGCAGAGAGGUUGGGGUGGAGGAUUCAGAAGCAUGACGAGGCAGUGGUGCAGCAGUUCUGUAGCGAGACGGGCGUGAAACGUCAUGUGCUCAAGGUUUGGAUGCACAACAACAAGCACACCCUGGGCUUGCCUACAGCUACAAGACAUACCCUUCAAGAUGCUUUGCUUGUUCCGGGCGAGCCCAGUAGCAGUUAAAGCUGCACACUGGAAAUGUGGUCCACCUACAUGGGCAUCUUGGUCAAAGAUAAGCCAGAUCAAACAGUUGUAAUCAUCCAAUUCCUCUUCUACCUAUAUAUCCAAAUUGAUCCACUGUCUCUAUUUUAUCUUUUGGUCAUUUAAAGAAAUCCCAACUGUGGGAUUUCAGUCUGAGAGUAAUUGAAAGACGAUUUGUGAAAUAUUAUGCACUAGGUAAGGCGGUUUUCUUCUCAAAUUAGUCUCUUUUUGGAUCUCCCUACUUGGAGUCUCAAAGUUUCAUACAUUGCACUUCUACCAUUCUCUUAAUUUGUACACAUCUGAACACCUACUUGUUCUUGUUUUCAUGUUAUCGACUUUUGUGGUGGACAUGCUGGAUAACCCUCCUUGAUAAACUACCUUCUUUUCAAGUCUUGGCUAGCCAGGAAGAAAAGAAAAAGUGGGGAUGAACUUGGAUUCAACUACAACGAAUGCUAUUUUUUAUUUCACAGUGAUUUCAUCUCUUUCAUCAUCAUUGUAAUUAUCUCAAACAGAUGAUUCAUCACUAUGUGUGAAUUCAGUUACUUGCGUUCGCAGUUGAGGUUUUUAUGACAUAGGCAAUGCACUUUCA